AUGGAUUAUAGCGAAUUCACAUUUGAAAAUUCUUCUGCGAAUAAUGAUUCACAAACGGUUGAGAAUGAUGAUGAUACACGUUCAGAAGCUCUUUCGGGCUAUCAAUCAGACGAAUCUCUGGUAACAGAAUGCGCCUCUGCAUUUGAAGAGGAUGAUGAUGAAACGGAUCUUACACAAGAGGAAUGCUGGGAAGUUGUGUCAUCAUUUUUCAAAAAUAAAGGAAUUGUACGACAACAGUUGGAUUCUUUUGAUGACUUUAUUGAGCGUGGUCUAGUUGAAGUUAUAAACGACACCCCAAUGCAAGCGAUUAGAUAUUCUGAUUUUGAAGAUGGGCAAGAAAUAAUGACUCAAUACCGUUUCGAGUUUGAUAAGCCAUCAUUUACUAAACCUCAAUUUUCCGAGCCUGAGGGUAUUAAAAAGCAAUUGUUCCCGAAUGAAGCUCGCUUAAGGGGUUUAACGUACUCAUCCCCGUUGUUCUUAAAUAUGAAACUUUUUAUAUCAAAGUUAAUCAUAAACAGUUAUGAUGAAAUCGAUUAUAACGAAAAUGAUUUCAAAGGAUAUGAGGAGACUGUGGUUGAUGAACCGGUAUUUUUUGGAAAGAUUCCUGUUAUGGUACAUUCUAAAUUUUGCUCUUUAGCUGGUUUGACUUUUGAGGAACUGAAAGAACAUCAUGAAUGUCCAUAUGAUCAGGGUGGUUACUUUAUCAUAAACGGUUCCGAAAAAGUUCUAAUAGCUCAAGAAAGAUUAGCCUACAAUUACGUCUAUAUCUUUAAAUAUGCUUCGCCGUCGACUACCUUGUAUAGCGCGGAAUUUCGUAGUUCUACCGAACACAUGUCAAAAGUAAGAACUGUAAACUUGAAAUUGGUUACGAGAACUUUUGCCGGAGACGAUAUUCCAAUUAGAGUUUUAUUUCUUGCCCUCGGAAUCCUCAACGAUGAGGACUUCAUCGAUUGUAUUUGCCUUGAUUCUCACGAUCCUGAAAUACUCAAAAUUGUACUAUCUUGUAUUGACGAAACGCGUGCAAUUCAGUCGCAAAAUAUCGCUCUAGAUUUUAUUGCGCGCAGAGGAAAUACAUCUAACGCGGUUCGGGAGAAACGGAUCGAGUAUGCGAAAAACAUUAUAUAUAACGAAUUUCUGCCUCACGUUGGAGUAGGAAUAGGCUUCAAUUUAACUAAAGGAUAUUUUUUGGGAUAUUUGACGCAUAGACUUUUACUCUCUACUCUUGACCGUCGAGAACUUGAUGAUCGAGAUCACUUUGGAAAAAAACGCCUUGAUAUGGCUGGUCCUCUAAUGAUUUCAUUAUUUCGCACUUUAUACAAAACAGUUUUAAAUGAUAUGGCUGCUUAUUUUAGAAAGUGUAUUUCUAGUAAACGCGAAUUCAAAUUACCUUUAGCUUUAAGACCACAUACAAUUACCAAUGGAUUUAGAUACUCAAUUGGUACCGGUAAUUGGGGAGAUGCCAAAAAGGCAAUGCAGGCAAUCCUAAACAGAUUCACUUAUGUAUCAACUAUAUCACAUCUUCGAAGAUGUAAUGCUCCAAUUGGACGCGAAGGAAAGUUCACGAAACCGCGUCAACUUCAUAAUACACAUUGGGGUUACAUAUGCCCUGCUGAAACUCCUGAGGGACAAGCCUGCGGUCUAAUGAAAAAUCUAGCGCUAAUGUCAUACGUCUCAGUGUCUAUUCCAUCUGAUAUUUUAAAUGAAUUUAUUAACAGUUGCGGAAUCUGUCAAAACAUUAAUGAAACACCGUUUGAUAACAUUGUUAAAUUCACAAAAGUUUUUGUCAAUGGAAAUUUGACCUGUAUUACCGAUAGACCUUUGGAUUUAAUAAAAUCUAUUCGGGAGAUUAAGGGAAAUUCUCUUCCGGCCGAUAUUGGAAUUGUUAACGAUAUACUUGUGAAUGAAGUAAGAUUCUACAGUGAUUCAGGAAGAAUGUGUAGACCAUUAUUUGUCGUCGAAGAUCAGCAUUUAGUUUUGACUUCAGAUACUUUAUCAAAAUUAAAACUGGAGAUAGCACAGGAGGCAAACCAAAGUUUAUGGGAGGCAUUAGUAUUAGAGCGUUACAUCGAAUAUAUUGAUGCUGAAGAGGAAGAAUCUACCAUGAUAUGUAUCUCUCCGGAUGAAUUAUAUGAGUCGAGAUUGUAUAAUUUACGUAAACUUGAAGGUUUAAGACCAAGAAGGAAAAGACGAUCGGUCCAUGAACGUCUAAUUAAUUUACCAACUUAUCCAAAUAAGUGGACUCAUUGUGAAAUUCAUCCAAGUAUGAUUUUGGGUGUUUCCGCCAGUCUAAUUCCAUUUUCUGAUCAUAAUCAAUCUCCUCGAAAUACCUAUCAAUCCGCUAUGAGUAAGCAAGCAAUGGGGAUUUACGCGACUAAUUUUCGAUUACGAAUGGAUGUAUUGGCCAAUUUGUUGUAUUAUCCUCAGAAACCUCUUGUAACCACAAAAGUUAUGGAAUAUCUUCAAUUCAGAGAAUUACCUGCUGGGAUCAAUGUUAUCGUAGCUAUUAUGUGUUAUGGAGGGUACAAUCAAGAAGAUUCUUUGAUUAUAAACCAAAGUAGCGUUGACAGGGGAUUGUUUAGAAGCUUUUCUUAUCGACGUUACCUUGAUCAAGAAAAAAAAGUGGGCGUUUUGAACAUGGAAGAUAUAACCAAGCCAAAUCCUUAUACGACCCUUGGAUUAAAACGUGGAAAUUAUGAAAAACUUGAUGACGAUGGGAUCGUACCUUGUGGGGUUCGAGUUUGUGGAAAUGAUAUUCUUAUAGGAAAGGUGUCCACACUUUCACCUGAAGAUGAACUGCUUGGCCAACGAAAAGAAUCUCAUGUGUAUCGAGAUGUUUCUACGCCAUUAAGAUUUACUGAACAUGGAAUCGUUGAUCAAGUAAUUGUUACCACAAACCAAGACGGAGCUAAAUUGGUGAAAGUUGGAGUUAGAAAUACGCGAAUUCCUGAAAUUGGAGAUAAAUUCGCAAGUCGUCAUGGUCAAAAAGGAACCAUUGGAAUCAAUUAUCGUCAAGAGGAUAUGCCAUUCACUGCUGACGGAAUUACCCCAGAUAUUAUCAUAAAUCCACAUGCUAUUCCUAGCCGUAUGACAAUCGGACAUUUAAUUGAAUGUUUAAUGGGAAAGCUUUCGGUGUUUUCGGGUAGUGAAGGUGAUGCUACAGCUUUUUCUGAAGUUACCGUAGAAUCCAUUUCGCGAAAACUUGGUUCUUUUGGAUUCCACCGUCGUGGAUUGGAAGUUAUGUAUAAUGGUCAUACUGGACGUAAAUUAUCCGCACAAAUUUUCAUUGGACCGACUUAUUAUCAACGGUUAAAACAUAUGGUCCAAGAUAAAAUUCAUUCACGCGGAAGGGGUCCAGUUAAUAUAUUAACUAGGCAACCAGUUGAGGGGCGUAGUCGUGAAGGAGGAUUAAGAUUUGGUGAAAUGGAACGAGAUUGUAUGAUUUCUCACGGGACAGCCUUAUUUUUGAAGGAACGACUUAAUGAUGUCGCAGAUGCUUAUAGAAUUCAUGUGUGUGAUAUUUGUGGACUGAUGUGUAUAGCACAAGUUUCGAAAAAAGUUUAUAUUUGUAAAAUUUGCAACAACACCACACAGAUUUCUCAAGUACAAAUUCCAUAUGCGUGUAAAAUACUUUUCCAAGAGCUAAUGUCCAUGAAUAUCUCUCCAAGAUUAAUGUUUUCAAAAUGA